UCAACGGCGCUGCUUCCGUCCUCUACUGAUGACGUAAAUCUCUCCUCGUGACGAGUUAAAGCUGCGCCGUCCAACCGGAACAAAAUUGACCGAAUUUGUUUUGAAAUUUUGCAUGCAUCCAGGUUAAGUGCUAAAAUGACGAACCGGACGGCGUAUUUUUAUGAUCCAGAUGUUGGAAACUUUCACUAUGGUGCUGGACACCCAAUGAAGCCCCAUCGGUUGUCCCUAACUCACAGUCUUGUCUUGCAUUAUGGCCUGUACAAGAAAAUGAUGGUUUUCAAACCGUACAAGGCAUCACAGCAUGAUAUGUGUCGUUUUCAUUCAGAAGACUACAUAGAUUUUUUGCAGAAGGUCAGCCCGAACAACAUGCAGGGCUUCACAAAGAGCCUUAACACCUUUAAUGUAGGAGAUGAUUGUCCUGUCUUUCCAGGACUGUUUGAGUUUUGCUCCAGAUACACUGGUGCGUCGUUACAAGGAGCAACUCAGUUGAACCAUAAGAUUUGUGACAUUGCUAUCAACUGGGCUGGAGGACUACACCAUGCAAAAAAGUUUGAGGCUUCCGGAUUUUGCUACGUGAACGACAUUGUCAUUAGUAUACUUGAACUGCUUAAGUACCAUCCACGCGUGCUCUACAUCGACAUUGACAUUCAUCACGGUGACGGGGUGCAGGAAGCAUUUUAUCUUACAGAUCGAGUCAUGACCGUGUCCUUCCAUAAAUAUGGAAACUAUUUUUUUCCAGGAACAGGUGACAUGUAUGAAGUUGGGGCUGAGAGUGGCCGCUACUACUGCCUGAAUGUGCCUCUGCGUGAUGGGAUCGAUGACCAAAGUUACAGACAAUUGUUUCAGCCAGUGAUCAAGCAAGUGGUGGACUUCUACCAGCCGACCUGUAUUGUGCUUCAGUGUGGAGCAGACUCGCUGGGCUGUGACAGACUCGGGUGCUUUAAUCUCAGUAUACGAGGUCAUGGGGAAUGUGUGGAGUUUGUGAAAAGUUUCAAGAUCCCUCUACUUGUGCUGGGAGGAGGAGGAUACACUGUGCGCAACGUGGCUAGAUGUUGGACAUAUGAAACUUCUUUGCUAGUCGAAGAGUCCAUUAGUGAUGAGCUGCCUUAUAGUGGAGAGGUCUUCAGGAGGUGAAAUGCAUGAUCAGUCGGGUUAAGGUCUGAAGAUUGACUUGACCAGUCUAAAACCUUUCACUUUCCCCGCCAUGUUGAAGUCCUUUGUUGUGUUGGCGGUGUAUUUUGGGUCAUCAUCUUGCUGCUUGAUGAAGUUCGUCCCAGUUACAGUCAUUGGGGGGGGGGGGGCAUAUUUGGACAAGCGAACAUUUGAUCUUCUUUGAAACGGUGCCUAUUAAUAACGUUGAUACCCUCGAUCAAAUUGAAAUUUUGUAGGAAUUUUCACAAUUCAAAUGAACAAAACAAAACCGAUCAGUCACAUGGAAAAAGUAAGUACACCCCUACAUUUAACACACCUUCAAAUCCAUAAAAUUAGAUUCAGGUGUUCAGGAUCGGGUUCCAGUGAUUAGAACCUGCGUAGGGAGUGCAGGUGGAACCGGUCUUAUUUAUACCGCUCUCCUAUCUAGUGUCUGGUGUUCUCUUUACUAUUGAGGUGUACAAGAGCACAGUGACGACUCACUUAGGAAGUCACAAAAGAUCCAAAGAUAACAUCAAAGGAACUACAGGCCUCUCUUGUAUCAAUAAAGGUCAAUAAAAGGUUCAUGACUCCACUCUCAGAAAGACACCGGGCAAAAAUGGCCUCCGUGGAAGAGUGGUGAGGUGAAAACGACCGCUGACCCAGGAGAACAUUAAGGCUCGUCUGAAUUUUGCCAAAACACACCUUGGUGAUCCUCAAACCUUUUGGGAGAAUGUUCUGUGGACUGAUGAGUCGAAAGUGAAACUGUUUGGAAGACAGGGGUCCCGUUACAUCUGGCGUAAACCAAACACAGAAAAAAAAAUCAUGCCUAUGGUCCAGCAUGGUGGUGGAAGUGUGAUGGUGUGGGGAUGCGUUUCUGCUUCAGGGCCUGGGGAACUUGCACUAAUCGAGGGAAACAUGAAUUCUGUUCUCUACCAGAAAGUCCUAAAGGAGAAUGUCCGGUCUUCAGUCCGUAAAUUGAAAAUAGAGCGCGACUGGAUUAUGCAGCAAGUCAGUGAUCCAAAGCACAGGAGUAAAUCCUAGUCCUAGAAGUAAGUGAAAGACUGAUCUCCAGUUAUCGGAAGCGUUUGGUUGCGGUUAUUGCUGCUAAAGAUGGCGCAAACAGAUUUUAAGUUUAACGGGGCAAUUCGUUUUUCACUUUGGUGACAGGUGUUGGGUAACUUUUUUUUUUUUUGCUUCAAUAAAAUAAAGAAAAACUGUAUUGUG